UUACCAAACCCCCAAAGAGAGUUUACGGCCUUCGUCUCUCUCGCUCUCUCCCCCACCCACACACUCUCUAUAUUCUCGCUUUCGUCUCGUCGUCUCGCUGCUACCGAUCUCUCUCCGGCGCCGUUCUCCGUAAGCCGUUAUCGUCUUCGUUGAAGGUGUGGAAGAAGUAUGGUUAAAAAGCAAGAAGAAAUGAAUGUUUGUGGUCUCAGUGGUGGUGACAAAGUAGGAGUGUCAUCACCACACCAGGAGAAAGGAAGGAACAACAAGAGAAAGCUAGCUGAUCCUUCUCAAGAUAAGGAGGCCUCUCUCACUGAGUUCCCUCGUUAUGAGGAUCAGCUCAAAGUUGAAGAGUCUGAUACUAUAGAAUGGGAUGACCCGUUUGCGUGCCGUCUUGAAGAGCUGCUGUCAUCGAAUCUGCUCGCGCUUUACCUCAACGCGAUGAAGCAGGUUAUUGAUUGCGGAUACACCGAUGAUGAUGUGCUGAAAGCUAUCUCGGGGAGUAGGCUCUACUGUGGAGGGAGUGAUCUUGUGUCGAACAUUGUCAGUAACGCCUUGAAUGUUCUCAAGAACGGAGGCGAAGGUGGUGACGGUGGUUCGAGGGAUUAUGUUUUUGAGGAUUUACAGCAGCUUGUUGGGUAUACGUUGGUGGAGAUGAUAAGUCUUGUUAAGGAAGUUAGGCCGUCGCUCUCGACAGUUGAAGCCAUGUGGCGGCUUUUGAUGUGCGACUUGAAUGUCUUGCAAGCGUUUGAAAUUGAGUCAUCUGAUUCUCCUGGUUUCAGUUUGAGUGAAGCAUCUGAGUCUCUUGCUUCUGAGUCUAAUAAUCCUCCGAACUCGGGUGGUCCAGAUAAUCAAAAGCCUCAACAAACCAAUGCGCAAAGUGAUCAGAGUGAGCCACUCAAGUUCGGAAACUUCCCUAACUACAAGAAUACUCAUUCUACUGGAACAACGUCAGGAAAAGGAGUAGCUUCAGGUAGCACUGUUUCUGGUGCAGGCGUUAAGAGUACAUCUUUUACUCUUGUCUCUGAUGAAAAAGUAGUGUCUUCUCGAAAAGGCCGCACUAAGAAAGAAAUACCCAUGCUUCGUCAGAAAUCGUGUGUGGAGAAGAUUAGGACUUACAGCAAAGGCAGUGGCAGCUAUAAGGCGGCAAAGUUUGCAUCAGUCGGCAGUUUCCUUCUAGAGAAGAGAGCCAAAUCAUCUUCUGAAUUGUUGGCCAGAAAUUGCUCAUCAAAGAUGACAACAGAGAUUGGGGUGAAAGUUUCAUUAGAGGAAACCAGCUGUUUCGUACGUAAGAAGAGUAGUAAGUCAGAAUCACCUGUGGUAGUGGUCGACGGACAGGGAUAUAUAACCGCCUUACCUGCAAUUGCUGCAACUAAAGCAUCCAAAAAGAAGUCUGGUUCUGAGCCUAUAAAGCUGGUACCUUCAGCUUCAGAAAAGAAGUCUGGUUCUCAGCCUGCAAAGCUGGUACCCUCAGCUUCGGAAAAGAAGUCUGGUUCUCAGCCUGUAAAGCUGGUACCUUCAGCUUCAGAAAAGAAGUCUGUUUCUUCUGUUAAGUCUGUUUCUUCUGUACCUAUAGCUUCAGGGAAGAAGUCUUGUUCUGAGUCUGAAGAAAAGGCUUCUGUGUCUGAAAAGUUAGCACCAGAUUACUACGCUGGUAUACCGUAUGAUGCAUCUCUGGGUAUAUAUAUUCCCCGGGAUAAAAAGGAUGAGUUGAUUCUAAAGCUAGUUCCUCGAGUGGAUGACCUGCAGAAUGAACUGCAAGUGUGGACGGACUGGGCUAAUCAGAAAGUAAAAGAAGCAACUGGUAGACUUCUCAAGGAUCAGCCAGAGCUCAAGGCAUUAAGGAAAGAGCGAGAACUGGCAAAACAGCAUAAGAAAGAGAAGCAGUUAAUGGAGGAAAACACUAUGAAGAGGCUGUCUGAGAUGGAGAUUGCGGUGAAAAAUGCGACCAGCCAGUUUGAAAAAGCUAACAAUACUGCACGCAGGCUCGAGGUAGAACAAUCUUCACUGAAGAAAGAGAUGGAAGCUGCUAAGAUGAGAGCUGCUGAGUCUGCUGAGAGUUAUAGAGAAGCAAAAGAGAGAGGGCAAAGAUCGUUUAAGGAUAGUCAGUCGUGGGAAGGGCAGAAGGCUAUGUUGCAGGAAGAGCUCAAGGUUCAAAGAGACAAGGUGACAGUGAUGCAAAAAGAAGUCAACAAAGCGAAAAAUCGCCAGAAUCAAAUUGAGGUUACUUUGAAACAAGAAAAGACGGCCAAAGGGAAACUCACUGCCCAGGCUUGUGCAAUAAAGAAAGAAAGAAAGAAACUCGAAGCACUUGGAAAAGCAGAAGAAGAGCGGAUCAAAGCGAAAGCGGAAGCAGACAUGAAAUACUACAUAGAUAACAUCAAAAGACUUGAGAGAGAUAUCACAGAGCUGAAGCUUAAAUCAGAGUACUCGAGAAUAAUGGCGCUGAAGAAAGGAGGCGGCGGAAACGAGCCAAAGCCAAGGAAAAGAGAGAAUCAUGGUGUGGCAAAGGUGAAGAGAGAAAGAGAAUGCGUGAUGUGUUUGUCAGAAGAGAUGAGUGUGAUCUUCUUGCCGUGUGCGCACCAAGUUCUUUGCUUCACAUGCAAUCAGCUUCAUGAGAAAGAAGGAAUGAAGGACUGCCCGUCUUGUCGUGGGACGAUCCAGAGGAGGAUUCAAGCUCGCUUCGCUUGCACAGGUUAAAAGCAAGCCUUUUUCUUAUUUCCGACUCAAAAAAACUUAGAACAGUGGUCUCUUUGAAUAAAACAGCUUUGGUUGGAAACCAACAAGCUUGGUCUUUUUUGCUUUUGUACUUUGAGAGUUGAAUCUUUUAACUUACCCAUGGCUUGAGGUAAGUCAUACCUCAUGCCAUUUUUAUCAACAACUUUGCCUCUUCGUAUGUUCCAUAUUACCACCAUUUCGCUUA